GGCGGCCAUCUUUGUUGAUGUGUCAGCUCUUAGCUGCGCCCGGGAGCUGCCGCAGGAGCAGGAAAAAGGGGGGGAUCGCGCCGCGGCCAUGGAGGAGCUGCUGCCGCUGCCGUCCUGGCUCCCGCCCUCCUAACCAGCUGGUAAGAGGCUGGGGCUGGGGAGGCUUUGAUUCCUAAAACGGAAGGAUGGAAGAGCAUUUACCGGGAAUGCAGAGCAUAUUGGAGCCGGUCAAUCUAUCAAAGGAAGACAGUACACCUUCCGGCUCAUCAAGUAAUGAGAGCACAAGCAAGACAUCUGAAGUGAAGGACUGCUCAGAUGUUGGUUAUACUGGUGAUGAGGAUUCCAGCUUGGGAAGGGAACCUAAAUCGUUGGCAUCAAAUUACGAUGUAACAGCUACUGACAUAAGAGGGGAUGGAGCCAUAACUGAAGCACAUGAGCUGCCGCUUUCACCUGAUUAUAGUGAAGGUGGGGACUGCUGUGCUAAUACAUGUUCUGAAAGACAAGUAGAAGGCUCUGUGAAUGCAGAACAUUUGCCUAGUGAAGAUUUUGAACAACAGGUUUCAAGAAGUAAUGGCACAGAACAAUCCCUAAUGGAAAUACUGCAGGAGCUAAGGGAGGAGUCUGACUUCACGAAAAAAUCUAGCAAUAGAAUCUAUUCAGAAAGCCCCUAUGACACAGACUGCACCAAGAAACUUAUUUCCACAAUUCAACAAUCAUCAUCACAGGAGGCUUUGCUAGAAGAAAUAGAAUCUGAACUAUUAUCUACAGAUUUUACGAAAGAGCGUAAGCUCCCAAAUGGAAUGAGGAAGGGUGAACAUGCCUUUGCAACGUUUGAAAAAUGUGUGCAAGAUAAAUACCUCCAACAGGAGCAAACUAUAAAGAAAUUGAUUAAAGAAAACAAAAAGCAUCAGGAACUGAUUCUGGAUAUUUGUUCAGAAAAGGACAAGUUAAAAGAUGAACUGAAAAAACGAACAGAAACAGAAAAGCAGCACCUCAACAUUAUUAAACAGUUAGAAUCAAGAAUAGAAGACCUUAAAAAAGAAGUUAAAACUGCUAAAGACAAACUUGUAACACAAGAUGCUGCAGUCAAAAAUACUAUUCAGCAAUUGCAUAAAGAGAUGGCAUUUCGUAUGGACCAGGCAAACAAGAAAUGUGAAGAGGCACGCCAAGAAAAGGAAACUAUGGUGAUGAAGUAUGUUCGAGGAGAAAAAGAGUCUCUAGAUCUCCGAAAGGAAAAGGAGUUACUGGAGAGAAGACUAAGAGAUGCAAAUAAAGAAAUUGAAAAGCACGUGAAUAAAAUCAAGCAACUUUCUCAGGAAAAAGGAAGAUUGCACCAGCUCUAUGAAACCAAGGAAGGUGAAGCCACUAGAUUCAACCGAGAAAUAGAAAAAUUGAAAGAAGAAAUCAGUUCUCAUACGAUCAAAGUAAAAUGGGCCCAAAACAAAUUGAAAACUGAAAUGGAUUCACACAAGGAAACCAAAGAUCGACUCAAAGAUGCAACCACAAAGUUAACUCAAGCAAAAGAGGAGGGAGACCAAAUACGGAAAAACUGCCAAGAAAUGAUAAAAACAUAUCAAGUAGGCAUACUUUCUCAUGAGGAAUCAGAAGAAAUUAAAUCAAAUGAAUUAGAUGCAAAGCUCCGAGUAACAAAGGGAGAACUAGAAAAACAAAUGCAGGAAAAGUCUGAGCAGCUGGAGGUACAUUAUGCCAAAAUAAAAGAACUUGAGGACCUGAAGAGAACAUUUAAAGAGGGCAUGGAUGAGCUGCGUACACUAAGAACAAAGGUAAAGUGUCUGGAGGAUGAACGGUUGAGAACAGAAGAUGAAUUAUCAAAGUACAAAGAAAUUAUUAAUCGGCAGAAGGCCGAGAUUCAGAAUUUACUGGAUAGAGUGAAAAUUGUAGAUAAGCUGCAGGAGCAACAUCAAAGAGAUGAACAAGAAAUCGACACUUUAAAAGAAGAACUGGAUAGUCUGAACUCUCUGAUUACUGAUCUCCAAAAAGAUAUUGAAGGCAGUCGGAAAAGAGAAUCUGAGCUGCUUGUAUUCACUGAAAAACUAACUAGUAAGAAUGCACAGCUGCAGUCUGAAACCAACUUCUUACAGACCCAGCUCGAUAAGCUUACCUACAGUGAAAGAGAGUUACAGAGUCAGCUGGACCAUGUGAGACAGACUAAAGAUGAUCUGGCAAACAAACUGCAAAAGGAGGAAGAACUACGCAAACAUGAAGUCCAGACCCUGCAGACAGAGUUGGCUUCUCAACAGAAAGAACAAACAGCACUGAACACUCAAGUAGAUGAAUUAAAAGACGAGUUAGUUACUCAAAAGCGUAAACAUGUGGCAAAUCUUAAAGACCUCACCAAGCAACUUCAGCAAGCACGAAGGAAAUUGGAUCAGAUUGAAAAUGGCAGCUGUGAUAAAGAAGUUAGCAGUAUGGGGAGUCGUUCCAGCUCAUCAGGGUCCCUUAACGCUCGAAGCAGCAACGACGAUCGCUCGCCUGAGAAUACUGGAUCUUCAGGAGCUGUGGAUAGCUUCCCAGAAGUGGACAAGGCUGUCCUGAUUGAGAGAAUAGUAAGACUACAGAAGGCUCAUGCUCGGAAAAAUGAAAAGAUGGAAUUCAUGGAAGAUCACAUUAAGCAACUGGUGGAGGAAAUCAGGAAAAAAACCAAAAUUAUUCAGAGUUACAUUUUGCGGGAAGAAGCCGGCACGUUAUCCUCAGAAGCCUCGGACUUUAACAAAGUCCAUUUGAGCAGGCGCGGUGGCAUCAUGGCAUCCCUGUAUACAUCGCAUCCCGCAGACAGCGGGCUCACAUUAGAACUCUCGCUAGAGAUAAAUAGAAAGCUACAGGCUGUGCUAGAGGAUACUUUAUUAAAAAAUAUUACACUGAAAGAAAAUCUGCAGACACUAGGAACAGAAAUAGAACGGCUUAUUAAGCACCAGCAUGAACUGGAACGGAGAAUGAAGAAAGUGUAACAAACUAUGGAACAGUCAGAACAAAGAAACAGGUGCUGCAGACUGUCAUUCUGAUGUUUCUCCUAUAAACCGACUGUCAAGCAAUGGUAGAGCCUAAUCCUACAAACCUUUAACCACACCAAUUGUCCUUCUGGACACGAGAGGCUCUGUAGGAUUGUGAGACAUUUGUUUUGCCUCAGCCAUUGAUGAACUUUACUAUAGGCUACAUUCUUAGAACUCUUCUCUGAAAUUAAGGCAUCCAGAGGCUUUGCAGUGUGCACUGCAUGUAGAGUCCAUUUCAGUGAGAUUUGAAUUUCCACACUGUGCAAUUAAACAGCCUGCUAAUGAUAAAGCUUGGAGGGAUAGGGGGAGGGGAGGGGAAUUGAUUUGCUGUGGAACAUACCCAGUGCUACUGAGCUUCCAGAAUUUUAUUCCCUACUUUAUAAGUGUUGGAUAUAUUUAAGUUGAUCAAGAAAUUAACAUAUGCAUGGGAAAGAGGCUUUAUAAUUAACUGUUGUAAAAAUAAUUAAGGACAUGAUGCAUAUUUUGCCAUUGGACAAAAGGUUAAUGGCUUCCCUGGAAAUGUAAUAUGAAUUGACUUUGUGGGGGGGGGGGGGGGGAGGAGAAGGGGCAGGUAAACUAGCAAGAAAUUAGAAUGAGAAAUUUCUGCUGUUGAUACCAGGCAUUUUCAGUUAUAGCAGACUGUAUUAACUCACCAAGUUUUUCAUAAACUCCAGAUCUCUAGACAUAUGAAUCUGAAUAACUUUGAACUCAGGUAGAUUUUGUAAAAUUUGAUUUUUCAAUAUAAAUUAACAAUUUUUAAAGUA